UAAAUUCCGAAUUAAAAUCGUCUAUACUCAUUACUCAAUAAUAAUAUUUUGAUACCUCAUUUUGUCAUUUUAUUAUGACAUGUAAAUAAUGUUUAAUUAUACAAUUAUUUGAAACUAGAUUUAUUAUUAAAUUAAUUAUUCUACCAAUAUCAUGUAUCUAACACGUAUUUAGUUAUUACCUAUUAAUUUUACUAAUUAUUUGUAUACACUCAUUGUAUUUUAAUAUGUGUUCGUUAUUAAGAAAACAUCUACAAUGGAAUUUACCGAAGUUAGUAAGACCAAGACUGACUAGUAUUUACCCUCAAAGGUUACUAUCGGUUGUUACUCCAGAUAGAAUUGUGCCUCGUAAAAUGAAAGGUAGGUUUGCCAGUGAUGAACAAAAACGUAUUAUUACAGAGUUUGUUAUCAAGAGUUCUACAAUACUUGAUUGGGGUGCAUUGAAAUCGUCUGUUUUGUCCAUAAAUCGUGGGUAUAUAAAUGAGAAAAACAUUAAUGGAUGCAUAUUAGAGAUAUGCUCGCAACAAAAACGCCUAGACUUAGUCAAGUCAUUUAUGAAGUAUGUAAAACAAUGUGGUCAAGGUAAACCUAAUACAGCAUUAGAACUAUUAUACAUUCGAUCAUGUUACAAAUCAAGGAAUGAAUUGACAGAUAAUGACCAACAUGAGAUUCAGACUAAUUGUCAGUCUCUGUUUAAAAAUAAUUUACAUUUAAUGAAUUCCACUCUUCUUGAAGGUAUAGUAAUGGGAAUUUGUUGUACGCCUUUAUGGCGUGAUUCCUUAAAAUUCAUAGAAGCAUCAAAAAUUAAAGAUCAAAUUACAGUAAAAACAUCAGCUUGUGUAAUUUUAAGAGCUUUUGAAGAAGCAGAUAUUGAUUUGGGAUGGACUAUAGUACAAAAUAUGUUUGAUCGACAUAGAAUCAUACCAUUAGAAAUAGUUGCAGCGUGGUUUGAUCUUUGUGAAAAAAAUGUAAACUUUAGCCAUUGUAGAGUAUUAGAAUUUUUAAGAGAUAACGAGUAUAUUAUCAGGGAAGAUUUAGCAGAACUAAUUCGUAUCAGAUUAAAACAAUCUGACUUUAGAACUACUACCACUAUGAUUUAUCAUAAUAAUGGAAAAUGUAAGAAUUGUAAUCAAUUAUUGGAACAUGCUGAAGUCACAGAUUCAGAUUUUAAGAUGCUUCAAGAACGUUUUUUAUCACAUGUAAUGAUUGGAAAAAAUAUAUUUAACAAUUCUUCUCCGCAAGAGUUAAAUGAUUUUAAGGAUUUCAUUGAAAUUACUGCACCUUAUGAUGUGGUUGUCGAUGGAUUAAAUUUGGCAUAUGCAUAUAGAGGAAAAAUUGGUGAUCAUUCUUUAACCAAGAAUGUUAUGAAGAAAUUUAUUGAAAAGAAACUAAAAGUGUUAUUAAUCGGCAGAAAACAUCUAGUUAAGAUCCUAGGAAAGGAAUUUGAUUUUAUAAAAAAAAAUGCACACAUUUUUUUUACAAAUGAUCUGUCUAAAGAUGAUCCAUUUGUUCUAUAUGCUGCAAUGUAUAGUGGUAUUGAUACACAAAUUCUUACCAGAGAUCUUAUGCGUGGUCACAAAUUUUUGUUAGGGGAUCCUAUCAUAAGAAGCAUAUUUCAGAAAUGGUUACAAAAACAUAGAUUAGGAUUAAAAAUUCGUCCAGGGGAUGAAGUUAUUAUCAAAGAACCAAUAACAUAUUUACAAGCAACUCAAAAAUCUGCAAAUGGCAUAUGGCACAUGCCAUAUCAGGAAUUCAAAGAACSUGGAUCAUGGUCAAAACCUGAUUCAACUCCUGAUAAAUGGAUGUGUAUAAAAAUGUAGACUGAACUAUAUUCUAAUAUUUACGUAAAUUAUUUAAAAUAA